GCUGGAUUGGCCCUCAUAAUACAAAUGGAAAGAAUGCGUGUGGCGGAAGUUAUAGCUGCCAGAGACACCGUUGUCGAACGCCUCGAAGACGCUUACGUGUCUGUUCGGCAAAAGUCAGCAACGAUUGAUAGACUCCAGUGUGAGCUAGACAAUCUGAGGCGCCCUUCUACCCCUGCCACAUCCGUGGCGAGGGAUGAUGAUUCAUCUACGCAGCUUCCGGUGCAAGACACUUCCACCUCAUUUGAUAUCCCACAACCAGCUCUGAGAGAAGUAUACUGUGAUUCCAAUUCGUUCAGUCCGUCCUUCCAAUCAAACUAUUGCGCACGUCUCGAAAAUUGUUCUGGCCAACACCGCUCUGAUACCGCCGACUUCGACCAUCCGAAUAUUGUCGAACCACUUCCGCUCAGUGAUGGACCUGAGAAAUUGAUUCUUGCAAGACAAGCACUUCUUGCGACGCUUCCUCUCCCAGCUGACAUCCCAGAUGACGCUCUAAACCCAAUUCUCAUUCCUCAGUCAUACACCUUGCAUGAAUUCUUGGGCAAUACUUCUGGUGUCAGUACCCUAUAUAUAUCGCGCGAAUACUGGUGUCCAGAGCGCGAAGAGCAUGGAUAUCUGCUCACUCCCGUUUUCAAAUGUAGCACCAAUCCCCGAGUAACAACAGCACAUCGAUGGACUGCGGUGGAUGUGAUCGGCACCAUGAAUAGGCCUACUGAGUGCUUCUACAACAAGGACGGGAAGUGGUACUACGCUGGCGUAUACAAGGCUUUUCGCAUGGACGAUCUAACCACAGAAGAGUGGGAGGCUCUUUCAACUGAGACGACACAAACCCUUAUCAAGGAGACUCUAGCAGGCCGAAAGAACCUUUCGCCCCAGAACAUCUACGAGACUGCACAGUUGUAUGCUGUCGGUGCCCUUCGUAUUGCGUGUAUCGGACUACAGUGUGUAGGAUUCAGCUCUGCGAUGUACCGUGCGGUCUUGGAACAGGCAGCUCUAGGAAAAUGGCGUGGAAUAGGCUGGCCGGGACCCACCGGGAAAUCGUCCAGUGACACAACGAUCAAAGGCAAUGGAAUACCCGGACCUUGA